AUGUUGGGUACUAAGGCCAUUACAGGCCCCAGCACCUCCCUCCACCUGAUACAGCAGUGUGGUGGAGACAGCAGUGUCAUAGUGAAUUGCCCCUUCUACCAGGUGUCCUGCUGUGGCCCUGCUCCAUGUACCAGGUGCUACCCCACUAGAUGUCCCCCUCUUAGAAAAUCCACUUAUAGCCACCUGUUUUACAUUCUUCUCCAUGUGGGAACCUCAGCAGUCUGCUGCCUCCUAUUAUCAAGGGCAGUCAUAGAAAAAGUCUCCUACAAGGGACAUGGGGGGCAAAUGCCCUCAGGGUUAUGUGCCUACUCUGACUGUCCAGUACUCAGAUGCUCUGGGGCUGUGUACAGGGUGUGUAGAGGAACUGCUACCUUCCACCUGCUGCAGGCUAGGAUGCUGGUCCACCUCCACUCCCCUACCAGCCCACAAGCACAGCUACGUAAUAGCUUCUGGCUCCUCAGGCUACUGUUCCUGCUCUCUGCUGUGGCCUUUUGCAUCACUGACAAGCAUCUCUUCCCAGCAUGGCAUUACACUGGCAUUUGUGGAGGCUUUGCUUUCAUCUAGUUGUAGUUGAUACUUAUCACAGCCUUUGCCCAUUCCUGGAACAAGAGCUAGGAGAAAGGUGCAGUUCAAAACUGUGGCUGUUUCCUAACAGUGCUGCUGGCCACCCUGGGCUUCUACAGAAUGGCUGGUGUGGGAGCUAUGCUUCUAUUCCACCACUACACACACCCGGCUGGCUGCACGCUCAACAAGAUGCACAGUCUGCACCUUUGCUUCUGUGGCCUCCUCUCCUUACGCUCCAUGGCUCCCUGCAUCUGCCUCAAGCAAACCUGCUUUGGCUUUCUUCAGGCCUCUAUUAUCAGCUGCUAUAUCAUGUAUCUGACCUCCUUUGUACUCUCCAGCCGUCCUCCAGAUAGAGUAAUUCUUCAAGUACAAAAUCCCACCCUGUGCCUACCUAGCUUGAGUAACAUGGGACCCCAGGCCUCAGACAGCUCCCUGGCAGUGCUGAGUGCUGGCAUCAUGUAUGCGUGUGUGCUUUUAGCUUGUACUGGGGCUGCCUACCUGGCUAAGGUAUUUGGACCCUUGUGGAUCAUCAAGGUUUAUGUCAUUUCAAAGCAUGCUCCCUUCUGUUUUUGCUGCCCCAUAACAGUGGAGCCAGAGGAAAGUGAGUUUAGCAGAACUGCUCCCAGCAGCCCUCCAUCUCUCCAGGCUCUAGCCCAGCAUCUUUCCUACAGCUAUUCUGCCUUCCAUUUUGUCUUCUUCCUUCCAUCACUCUACAUCAUGGUUACCCUUACCAACUGGUUCAGCUAUGAGGGAGCAGAACUGGAGAAGACUUUCACCAAGGGUAGCUGGGCCACCUUCUGGGUCAAGGUUGUCUCAUGCUGGGCCUGUGUACUCCUCUAUCUGGGGCUGCUACUGGCCUCCAGUCUGAGUUCUUCUAAUAAGCUGGAUUUCACUUGA